GAAAAUCGUUUUACCAAUCUUCCCAAUAGCACUCAAAUGCGUCGUACAUAACUUUUAAACGACAACCUUAGACAGAUGAUUAAAUCCAGCAAAUUUGCCCGUCGCUUGCCGUCCGCCGGUCGCGAUUUUGGUGCAUGAUUUUGAGCAGCUUCGUACUGCUGGUCGUGUGGCAGGGGGAUGAUCGUCAUCAUCAACAUCGAUGGUAACAAAAUCACAAUUUUGUGACCUUUUACACUCAUUUCAAUCCAAUCAAAUAUUAUUCUGAAGUAUCUCUUGUUCACCGCUAUGAUUUCUAUUGCAUUAUUCAAUAAUAAACGCAACAUUUAAAAUCAAAACAACGCAACAACGAAGUUAUAACGUCUAACUUGACACAAAAAGAAACAAACAAAACGGUGCGAUAAUUAAAACCCGAGGGUUUACUCUGGAUUUCCUCCCGCUGUGUAGUUGUGAGGAGAUAAUUUUUGUACCUAUAAAAGCAUCGAUGAUGUUGGUUUGAAGUAGUCAGUAAAGCGAGUUUGAUACGGCUAGAGUAUAACCUAGACAAGACUAUUGUCGGAUUGCGGUGGAUUAGAACAAAUUGCAUUUAAAAUGAUUGGUUUAAAAUCAAGCUGUUUUCUUGUGAUGAUGUGCGUUGUACAUUUAGAAGCUGUUAAUAUACCUGAAACGACACAGCUGGGAGCAUUCUGUGUUAAUCCUGCAGGUGAACCGGGCAAGUGUAUUCCUGCGCGGGACUGUGAGGUACUCCUACACAUUGCUGGUCAAGCCGAAGUAUCAAACAAGGAAAAACAAUUCUUGUUGAAAAGUCGUUGUGGUACACAUGAAAGGAGGCCUUUGGUAUGUUGUGCUGGUUCCCCACCAGACGAACGUCUUGAAUUACCAUCAGCUCCGGAAUGUGGAGUAUGGACUUCAAUGCGCCUUAUUGGAGGUCAGCUAACACAGAUCGAUGACUUCCCCUGGACGGCGUUGAUUGAGUACGCGAAACCGGACGGAAGCUACGGCUUUCACUGUGGUGGAACGCUUAUCAGCCAAGGGCACAUCGUAACUGCUGCCCAUUGCGUCAGUUCCCUUCCUGCUGGAUGGAGGGUCCACCGGGUACGGCUAGGUGAAUGGGAUCUUGAAACGGUUGAAGAUUGUGAGUACGGUUAUUGCAAUCAUCCCGUAGUUGAUGUUAACAUCGCUACAAUCAUCGUACACGAUGGGUAUGAUGUGCGGAAGAAAAACACUUGCAACGAUAUUGCUUUGAUUCGCUUCGUACAGAAAGUUAAUUUUACCGACACAGUGCAACCGAUCUGUCUACCAUUAUCAACAUCUAUUAGAAAUGAAAAUAUGACAGAUAGUUUUAGCACCGUAGCUGGAUGGGGAUAUGCAACGGAUAUUACUAGAGUUACCAAGAAACUGAAGGUAGACCUUAAACUGAGAAACGCCCAGGAGUGUUCUUCGAUACUGGAGCAGUGUGAAACGGGCUUUCGGCAUUCAGCUCCGUUAUGCGCUUUAGGAAAUCGACCAGACAAACAAAUCUGCAGCGCUGAUGCUGGAGGAGGCUUGGUGAAGUUUUUCUACGGCUUCUACUAUCUCAUUGGGGUUGCUAGUAUGGGACAGGAAAAGUGUGGCUCGGUUGAUGUUCCUGGUGUAUACACAUCAGUGUCAGACUACGUGGAAUGGAUAAAAAAUAACAUCAACUAGUUGUGCUGAUAUUUUUCCUUCCAACCUAAACACAUAGCACAUACCCACGUAUAAAAAGACGAGUUCGUCAAAUUUAUGUGAUUUUAAUAAUACACAAAGUAAAUAUGUCAUCAAUACGGCCAGGCCGUUCUACCUGAAUAAAAAAAAAUAAAUAUGUUUUCAUCAUUAAUGUUA